AUGGCAGUUAAGCUGGAGACGCCGACAUCGAAAGACAUCUGCUCAGCAAAGCGCUCUUUACGCAAGAAGUCUGCAAGCCAGGAAGACGAUGAAGCCCAAGUCAGCAGGCAUCUUGGACAGGAGAACAUAAGACACAACAUCAGGAAGUUCCAAUUUCAAUGGCGGAUAUCCCAAAGUCCUCCGCUGCCAGGCAGAAUUGACCCUCCCGAUCGAGUACGGAAAAUCGACAUUGUGCUUCAGCAGGCCUUCAACUGGACGCAAGGCAGUGUUUCCGCUUCGUGGAAUGCUCAGAUCCAAAACUAUCCUUACAUCUUCGACAUUGACCGAUGGGUUAACCUGCUGAGAGACUCGUUCCUGAUAGUGUCAGACCUGCUUGAACGGGGACAGACACACCUGGCCUUUAGGGCAUUGAAUGACACCUUGGAUACAAUCCCGCAGUAUUUUGGUCAAUACACACCCUGGUCUCUUCCUGUGCCUGGUCGAACUAUGCUUAGGCAUGAACAUGCCUAG